AUGCGACCGCCACGCCUACUCAUCGUCCUCUUCUGCCUUAUCUUCUUUCCGAUCCUCCUCACCUUUUUUUCCGUGCUCACGUCGCCCGAUGUAGCAACUCCCAACACGCUCGCUGAUCAGACAACGGGGUUGCGCGCUUUAUUUUCUUUCAACAUACCAUCGUCCCUUUUCCCCCCGUCGGCCAUUAUCAGUCUCACCGAUGAUAACUCGACCUUCUUCCUCGCCCGGCCAGCGGCAUUUGGCCCGCUGCUGCCAACCAAAGGCCUCAGCGGUCAGUUAUGGGUGGGAAGUGGGUUUGGCGAGGGGGGAUUAACUGGUGGUGUAGAAGGAGAACUAGGCUGCUCCGAUAUUCCCGGCUGGGGUGAGGGCACUAAUCAUAAGAAACAAGACAAAAGCCCCAGGAGCACGGAGCAGAGUUCCGGCAUAUCCGGGGGUAGUACAGUGAACGAUCAAUCGUCAAAUCGCCCGCGGUCGGUGUCGCAGGCCGAUACUAUACCUCAGAACGAUAGAGAUGAUUCGAUCACCCCGCCCUUGACGAACGACGGCACGGACGAUCAUCUACAUCAUCCACUCCCUGAAUCCGGUGCUUCUAACCCCGGGAUGAGUCAGAAGUAUGGAGAUUACGUCCAAAACAAGCCGCCUGCGCAUGCCGACAUCCAAUCACUACAGGAAACUGCCGAAAUCCAGGGCCAAGUGGGCGCAACGACGAGGGGGGUUGCUUUGAUUGUCGGCGAUGAUACUCGAGGUGGCAACUUGGUCACUAUGUACGCACGAGGCGAUACAUCGAACGUCACGAUCCCGGCAUUGUUCACAUCCCACACUACUGCUCAUCUUUUAUCGUCAUUAGUUCCUGGGCAUGCGGGUGGAACUGCCAAUUUGGGAGAUGUAUUAAAAUCAUCACAAGCGAAGCUGGCAGGACAGGCUGAUUCUGAGAAAGAACGGGUGGCAACUACUACUACAACACCAACAACUAUUCCAAGUCCAACUACGAGCAGCCAUUCAGCAGCUAAGGAGAGGCCGGCGCCCUCGUCUCACCCAAAAGGCGGCUUUUUCCGCUCAAUUGGUGCAUUCCUGGGAUUGUGCGAUAAGAACGGAGGUUCGCGGCAUUUGGAAGACAGCCGACGUCCGCCCAGCAGUGGCAACAUUGACUGGAUCAACCUAGGCUCACGGGAUGAAAAAGAGGCCCCUUCGAGCACUUGGAGAAGAUCAACUGAUCUCAAUCACCGUGGCGGGGCCAAGGUCGACGACGCAUUCGACAGCCACAAAGCCGACAUGUCCCCUGAAACUUUUGAGGAUGAUGACUUUGUCAUCGGGGUUCAGGACUGGAGAGAUCCCGACUUGAUGCCUCCUAAGAGUAACACACCUCCGACAGCUAGCACCUCUGUACCUGGCAAGGAUACCUCCAAGACUGCCAGCGCAGAUAAGGAUGCUGCUUCCUCGCCCAAUGGCCUUCAGGGUGGUAGCAUCACACCAGGAAGUGGAGAAUACCAGAGCAUCGAUAAAUCCGGUGCUAGUUCUCAUGACACACGCCUCAAGGGGCCCGAGAAAGAAUCCAUCGGAACUCAUGAGAAGUCUGGGUCUUCUACGAAGGGCUGGUUCUUGAGUCACUUUGGAUGGGGAGAUGAUACUCAGCAAGACCCUCAGCCUUCUUCAUCGCCAUCACUUCAGAAAAGCAUUACAGCAAACCAGAAGAUGGGAAAUAACCAUCAUACAUCAAACCGUCUAAACGCGGAGUCUUCUGAACACGAGGGUCUUUGGGUUACCAUGACACCUACCAGCAUGUCAACCAGCCCCUUUUUCGAUACUUUAUUGGUCCUUGUCGUCAGUCCUUUGCUCACGCUGACGGUGGUUUAUGCUCUUUUGCUGCUCCGAUCUCGAAUCCGCCGCCGUCGCUGGCGUGCCCCGAAGUCGGUUAUCGAACGACUCCCUGUCCGAACCUACCACACAAUUGCUACCACUUCUUCCUCGUCUUCCAACUCAACGCGUCCCCCUAGUCCCGGCCCUCUCUCCCCGACUUCCCCACUCCUUGGCAAUGAAAGCCGGCCAAGCGCAUCCCGAUCACAUAGAUCACGUUCACAAACAUUCUCGGGCACUAUGUUAGACUCAUCUACUAUUCCCAAAGAAGAGAAGUACAACAUUCAAACCGGAUCUACCUUGUGGCGACGCAAGUAUACAGGACGGCAGGUGGAGUGUGUCGUAUGCCUUGAGGAAUACAUUGAUGGUCAGAGUCGGGUCAUGAGCUUACCAUGUGGUCAUGAAUUCCAUGUGGAAUGCAUUACCCCCUGGUUGACUACUCGUCGAAGAACUUGUCCAAUCUGUAAAGGCGAUGUUGUCCGCUCGUUGGCCCAUUGUCAAUCCAGUGAUUCUCGGGGUCAUCGUGAGCAACUCAAUGAUGACAUUCACUCCACCCAGCCGGUCUCUCGGGGCAGCGCAUCUUCCGCUCCAGUGCUAAUUGAAGGCGCCAAUGACGAUACUUCAGAUACGGAACAAAAUGCAGGUCUCCUUGACGACCAUGCAAAUUCUGCCCCACAAUCAAGCUGGCGAAACCUGGCUACGCUUAGCUUUUCUGCUCUGAGCGGCGAUACCAUAUGGCACCAGGCUCGCGCGGACCGUAAUCGCUAA